UUCUUUGGUUCAAUCCAAUGGAAUGUGUCAGAAAUUAUAACCUACAAUUUUUCGACCCAAAACUAUCAAUAAUGAAAAAAGUAUAAAAUUAGUUCUUGAAAUUAGUAUAAUUAUUCUUACAAAAUCUCAUAAUGGAAACAAAACCAUGUGCAUUGGUUUUGAGCAAUACAAAUAUAAAACCCCAAUCUCUCAUCAAAUUGAUAUCUAAAUCAGAUUCUGUAGAUGAAGAUAAAUCAGGAACAGUAAAAUGUAAUUGGCUUAUAGAUUCCAAAUACUACACAGCAGAAAUUUGUCUAAUGGGAAUAAAGGAAGAUUUUCAAAGGUCUGAGGAUUUCAACAAUAGAGUGGAAGCUUUGAUUCUUCAUGUUGAUACUAAUAAACUCAGCGGUCUCAAAGAAUUAGAUCGCUGGGACAAAAUUGAUCAAGAUUGCGAUCCCGAUAUAAAACUAUUAGUAGCCAAUUAUUGCAAUAAUGAUACGAAAGUUACCAAAGCGAAAGCUACAGAAUGGUGUCUCAAAAAAGGUUAUGAACUUAUUGAAUUGUAUCCUACCUCAAAUGAGGAAGACAACACAGCAUCAGACUUUGAUGAAAAAGUAGGUGCUGAAAGAAUUAUAGAAGCUUUGCAGUCACACAUGUGGUCUAAUUUGGUAUUAAAAUCACAAACUAAAAAAGAAACUUCACAUAAAUCAGGUAUCGACAGUUCUAAUAGCAAAGACAUAAUAGAUGAAGAUUUAGAUGAUAACUUGGAAGAAUUCACAGAGCUGUUUUCCCAAUUGCACUCUAUUAGGGAAAGCUUGAAUUGCUUACAGCCCAGAGAUAGAAAGAAAUGUGCAGAGCACAUGGUAACUGCUUUUUGGAAAGCUAUUGGCGGAGAUGAAGAAGAACUGUCUGAUACAUAACAGUAAAUUUUAUUAUUUAUGUAAUCAGUAUUAUAGUGAGAUAAAAUAUGAAUUUUUUUUAUGAUAUAAUUAUUAUCUAGUCGAACAAGUUGAAAACUGUGUCGAAACUAAUUUGAAAUUAAAUUGAAGUUAUGUACGA